AUGAUUCCCACCGCAUUGAUCGUUCUCUGCCUUCUCAGCCUCUUUGCCGAGGCAAGCCCGGUUUCUCGCGGCGAAUCUCCCGUAGACUCUGCGGUGAUUAUAUUCGCCAUUCUGCGGGAUACUCCCAUUCAUCACGGACUAUUCGCAGCCAACGGAAGCGCUAUCUGGAUUGGAAAGGAUACGGCCUCCUACUGCCCACCAGUUGUAGAGGAGCGGGGAGAAUGUCCCAAGGGUAAAGACACAAGCUUUUGGGUAAAUGACCGGUGUGGAAUGAAUGUUAUUGUCCCUGGUGGCCAGCAAGCCUACGUCGCCCCUGACGGGACAAUCUCGUACACAGCGCCUCACUCCGCUUACAUACCUCCGGGGUCAAUCAGAACGGGCUUCCACCUGAUCCCAACGCCGUUUGAUGGCUUCUGGGAAUUUGUAAUCGAUUCGCACGAGUUUUGGGCAUGCCCUGGGACACCGGGGCAGGGACCGUGGCAAGUCAUUAUUGCAGAUGAGAAUUCAAGCGUGCCAGGCCGCGAUGUUACGGAUUGCCUGAAAUUCAAAGCAUAUGCAAAACCGGUCAAGGAUCCGGUAUGGGAGUAUCUUUCAACACUUGGUCCUGAGCCUAUUGUCGUACAAGAGUAUUUGUAA